AUGACUUCCUAUAUUGUCGGCCUGAACAGCGGCUCGUCGUUUGACGGGGUUGAUGCUGUGUUGUGCCAGAUUUCUAUGGCCGAAGAUGGACAUCCAUCGCGUCCAGUCUAUGUCGAUGGUCUAACUGUUGACUGGCCGGCUGAACUGGAGCCACUUGUCCUUAGAGCCUUCAACAAUGAGCUGUCUCUCUUUGAGAUGACUCGGCUCAAUUACGCCGCAGGUGCGCUCUACGCAGAGGCAGCGAACGCUCUGCUAGUAAAGGCCGGGCUUGACGCAGCCAGUGUCGAUGUCAUCGGUUAUGAUGGUCAAACCGUCUACCAAGAACCACCUAAUCGCGAAAAGGAGAAGGCCUAUGUGCUGAGUGGCAACAGGAGCCUGGUUGGGAAGUGGCUUGAGGGUGGUUACCCUUGUGGUUUCUUCAUCGCUGAGUCUGGUGUUGUGGCAGCGCUCACCAACAUCGAUACAGUCACACAAUUCCGUCCCAUCGAUCAUGCGCUGGGUGGUUCGGCUGCUCCGUUGAUGCAGUACCUUGACUUUGUGGCAUUCCGCAACGACGGGCCAACGGUGACGCUCAACAUUGGUGGUAUUGCCAACCUACAGCUCGCCAAUAAAGACCGAAGCAAGAUGAUGGCAUUUGACACUGGCCCGGGCAACGUGAUCAUCGACCACGUCGCCCGCGUUCGAACUGGCCGACGCUAUGAUAAAGACGGCGAACUUGCAGCCAAGGGCACCAUCAUCCAGAAGCUACUGGACGAGUUAUUCCAACAUGACUUUUAUGGCCGUCAGCCUCCUCGAUCAGCCUGGCGCCUUGAUUUCGGUGCCGCCUACGCUGAUGACAUUCUCCAGCGUUAUGCUGACCGGUCGACCGAGGACCUGCUCGCAACUCUGACGCGCUUCACCGCCCAAUCGAUUGUCCGAAGUCUUGUCGACUUCGUGCUUGUUCGUGGCCCCCUGACACAGGUGAUUGCUUCAGGCGGUGGCACGCGCAACGCCACACUUAUGGCAAACCUGAGCGAAGAGCUAUCUAAGCACAAUCUGAAAGUCACGGUUAGUGAUGAGGUGGGCAUCCCCGCAGCCUACAAGGAAGCUAUCAAGUUCGCGACGUUGGCCUAUGCGAACAAGCGCCAGCUGGCUAACAAUAUUCCUGCUGCUGGGGGUGCGGUGAAGUAUGCGGUACUGGGUAAACUGAGCUGGGCACCACAGAAGGCCCAAAUGGCCGAAGAAGUUCUGGAUAGAGACGAGAAGGUACUGGGGAUUACUCGCCACUAA